AUGGCUAUCACCUCCGUCAUCGUCGUCGGUGCCGGCCCCUCUGGCCUCCUCCUCGCCCUCCUCCUCGCCCGCGCCAACAUCCCCGUCACCGUGCUCGAGCAAAACCACGCCCUCGACCCGUCCCCCCGCGCAACCCACUUCGCCCCGCCGGCCGUCUACGAGCUGCGCCGGGCCGGCGUCGCGGACCAGCUGCGCGCCGAGGGCUUCACGCCCAAGACCGUGUGCUGGCGCAAGCCCGACGGCACGUACAUCGCCGGAUUGGACGGCAGCGUGCAAGAUGGCCAGCCGGACCGCAUGAUCUGCUUGUCGCUGGAACGCGUCGGGCAGGUUCUGUACGAGAACCUUGUGAAACAGCCGUGUGCGGAGGUGAAGUAUGGGCAUAAGGUGCUGGCGCUCGGGCAGGAUGAGGGGAGGGCGUGGGUGGAGGUGCAGGUUGAGGGGGAGGGUGGGGAGGGGGGGACGAAGAAGAGGAUGGAGGCGGAUUAUAUUGUUGGGUGUGAUGGGGCGAAUAGCCAGAUUCGAAGGAGCUUGUUUGGAGAUCUGAAUUUUCCGGGAAGGACGUGGGAUGAGCAGAUUGUGGCGACGAACACUUACUACGACUUCGACCAGUUCGGCUGGGAAGACUCGAACUUCAUUGUCCAUCCAGAGGACUACUACAUGGCCGCCCGCAUCUCCAAGGACGGCAUGUGGCGUGUCACCUACGGCGAUACGGCUGGGCUGACCCGCGAGGAGCUGUUGGCGCGCCAGCCCGCCAAGUUCGAGAAGAUGCUGCCAGGGAACCCGAAGCCUGACCAGUACAGGAUUGCCAGCAUCAGCCCGUACAAGAUCCACCAGCGCAUAGCCGAGAAAAUGCGAGUGGGGAGAUUCUUGUUGGCGGCUGAUGCUGCACAUCUCUGCAAUCCUUUUGGCGGGAUGGGGCUCAUGGGCGGGAUUGUGGAUGUUGGUGGUCUGUAUGAUUGUUUGGUGGGCAUCCAUGAGGGGAAGGCAGACGACACGAUUCUCGACAAGUACAAUGAUAUUCGGCGGCAGAAAUGGUUUGACUUCAGCGACCCCAUCUCUUGUGAGAAUCUGCGGAGGCUGUGGAAGGAUCCGGAAACCAUUGGCGAUGAGGAUGAGUUCCUCCUUGCCUUGAAGAGAACUGCUGUGGAUCCCGAGUUCUCGAACGAGUUCCAAAAGGGAAUAUACGCUCUUCAGCAUGACUUCACUCAAUAUUACCGAGAGGAGAAGCCUGUGGCGGAAGUGGCGAGAACAGACGCCAAGGUUGAUUCUGGACCAGCAGCAGAUUACGUCAGGAUCAUGGCUGCUGUGAGAUGA